AUCGAUUGGACGUCCCUGUCGAUCGCGCUGCAGCACCUCCGAUUCACAACCGAUCCAAAAUUCCCAAGCCCUCUUCACCCGUCAUGAGCACAUAGGCCGGAGAAGCAAUAUAACGCUUGGAAAGACUGUGUGUGUGCAGGGUAGGAUGAAGCAUGUUCACCCGUUGCAAAGCCCAAUCGCGGGGCCUAGGAACGGUCAAUGUGAGUCGGUUUUUGCUUCUUUCAACACGAGCAUGAGGAUUGACUCACCAUCUCCAUUGUCGUCUAUCUGGUCUCACCUGUACUAUGCACAAUGGCGCGCUGAAGACAGCAGCUACCUCUCCAAGUCUGCGACCUCAAUCGUGACCCCAACCGACCGCUCGUAUUCCUACAAAUCGAACAAUGGCAGGCAAAGCGUAGCAAAAGAGCGUCAACGAGCUGAACGAGAUGAAUUGACCCGCCUGCUCAAAGAAUCGCCCGGCAAACGCGAUGCGCGCAAUUUCUUCAAACACUUCGAUACGCCCAAACCCUCGAACCCAAUUGUCAAGGCAGAUACCAAAGCACAACAGGCACAUCACGAUGAAUGGAGGCUAUCACAAACAGGCGUAAAUCUAGGCAGUUUGUAUGAGCCCACGAAAGCCAUUCAAAAUAAUCCCGUAUGGACCCAGCAAGAACUGCCAGACAAGGCACCACGGGCCAAAGAUCUGGAACCACUCCAUCUGGCGCUAGUGAAGCUUCGACAGCCCCAAGCCUUGGACGAUACCACAUUGACCAACCUCGCUUUGACUUUGGGCCAAAUGGCAAAGCUAGGCCUCAGCAUCGUCGUUGUCGUCGACUGUGACGAGCAAGUGCAGCCGUCCAAGAUCGAGUUCAGUCCUGUUUGGGAGACUUUGGUUCGCGAACAAACAUCUCGUAUCGCCGAUACCCUGGAUCAGUUCAGCCAGCCUGGCGCUUUUGCUGUGUCUCAUGCGUUGUCUGUAUCUGAUGCUGGGAGGAACCUAGCAACGGCACAAGAACACUCAUGCUUGGUUGAAGUGAAGAACAAUCACCUACUCUUUCCCCCGAUCGAGGAGGGCAUCAUCCCAGUCAUUCCAUGUUUUGCAUAUGAUCCACAGCUGAAGAAAAUGCGGGUGCAUGCCGACGAUGUGGUUCUUGCACUGACCCGCGAGUUUGCUGGUAUCGCGACUCGAAGCACUGUCGAGACAUCUAAGGAUGAGCACGAUGCUCUUUACAGCAGAGAUCGAAUCGAGUCAGACGUCACGGCCCUAGAUCGCAUCAUUAUAUUGGAUCCAUUGGGUGGUAUACCCUGUGAAGACCGAGCAGAUGGAGCACAUGUUUUCAUCAACCUGGAAGCGGAGCACAGUGAUGUACGGAAAGAGCUACUGGGUACCGGCCCCAGUCAUCAAACUGGCCGCAGCACAAACUCAUCACUGGGCGCCUACAACCCCCUAUCAAAGUUUGUCGAGUCCGAGCUUGCUCCUCCUUUUGGCUCGGGCCUUACCCAGAUUUCCGAUGCUCAACAGCCAUCUCGACAUGUUAAAAAUCUUGAUCUAGCGCACCAAGCCCUCAGGUGCUUACCACCAUCCUCAUCGGCAUUGAUCAUUACUCCCGAAGAGGCCGCGAUAUCCUCUCAGACAGCUUUGAAAGAGCCUACCUCGACUGGCGUACGGACCCGACGAUCGAAAAACCCUCUAAUUCACAACCUGCUUACUGACAAACCCAUGACCUCAUCAUCACUUCCAGCUCCCCUUGUCACUCGCCAUCUUGCAUCUACUGCCCCCAACCCAGCCACUUUCCUCAAAAAAGGUAUACCGGUCACCAUGGUUCCGGACCCCCGCGAAACAGGUCCCUGGAAACCUCCUUCGUCUUCAAACGCAAGCAUACAACUGGAAAAUGACCCCCGCAUCAAUUUCCCUCGCUUAGUCGAAUUGAUCGAAGAUUCCUUCCGCCGGAAACUUGACGCUCACCACUAUCUGGAACGAGUCCGUGGACGUAUAGCUGGUGUCAUCAUCGCUGGUGACUACGAAGGCGGCGCGAUCUGUACGUGGGAAAGCCCAUCUUCACUUUCCACGACUCCGUCACAAGAGGAUUCGCAUCUAUGGAUCCCGUACCUCGAUAAAUUCGCCGUCCUCACCUCUUCACAAGGAUCUGGUGGUAUAGCCGAUAUCGUCUGGGGUGCUCUCACUAGAUCCGCUUUCCCUGAGGGAGUGGUCUGGCGCAGUAGAAAGAAGAAUCCUGUGAAUAAGUGGUAUUUGGAGCGGAGUGUGGGGAACUGGAAUCUUAUGGAUGGUUACUGGACUAUGUUUUGGACGUCAGAAGGGGUUGAGGAGAAGAUGCCCGAAAGGAAAGCGAUAGGUGAUGGUGUUGAUGCAGAGGUUGGGAGGAUGACGCGGUGGGAUGCGUAUGUGGAUGUUUGUGCGGGUGUCAAGCCGAGUUGGAGUGACGCUAAGACUCCUGAUUGA